AUGGCCGUCGUACGAUUCCCCGCCCUAGGGUUUCAUGCAUUCAACUCGAUCCUGUCAGCCUACCAAACCCCUGUUGCAUUAAUCACAACUGCAUGCUCUGCACCUGCAGGUGAAUCCGGACCAAUAGAAACAACAACUGGAUCAGCUGGUUCUCCAGUUCCCUUGCCUGAAUUGUGUGAAGUCAGUGUGCCGUUUGUAAUCAAUCGUGGCACUUCUACCAUAUCCAGCGUCUCCCAAGCUCCAACCUCAGAUACACUCACCUCCCUAAGUCCCUCAGUCGAGCCAACAUGCUACACCAGCAGUCAAUGGCUCGUCAUCUCUGGUACGACCUUAUUCUGGCCAACCUCCACCGACUAUCUCUACGGACCGACCGACAGCCCUGGCGUCGACUGCGCAGCGCAAUGGAUACAAUAUGAUGGCCGCUCAGGCGGCCUGGAAUCUCUCGGCCCUACUGCCACAUCAACAUUAACAGAACUAAUCCCGACCAGCACAGGCGCCUGCACGACAAGCAGCCACCUGGAAAGUUACUAUGAUACUCAUACAGGGCCUGUUACCACUCUUUGCGACGGGCAUGCACGGGCCCUAGGCCCCCGCGAAACCGUGACAGACUAUUACCCCGGCACAGGAGCAUGCAGCACGUUCUACAUCCCAACAACCAUCACAACGACGCUUUACAACGUACCAUCAGCCUCCCCAACUUGCCAACUUGAUCGCGAAGGCUGCAAGGGCGUCUGGGAGACAUACAAAAGCCGUUCACGGGCCUACAAGUCAAGCAUCUCCGUCUCCAUUCCAGGCGACACAAAUAGUCCCCUCAUCCCAGGCCGCUGCCCAAUGACAACAAGCGAACGACCAGAGCAAUGUGGAAGCUGUCACUUCCUUCCCGACACAGCAACAUUGUUCUACUGGCCCGUUACAACUGCUGGCAGCGAUCUCUGCGCUCAAAAUGGAACCACAAUCCCGGCUACACCGACCGGCAACGGUCCUAAUACGGCAAUGUUAGGUGACCAAACUCUUGUCUCUCCAAGUGCCUAUAUCUUUUUCACGUCAAUCUACGCCUGGGGCAACAGUCGUCACGCCGGGCAGUGUGGCGAAUAUCAUGAAAACAAGAUGAUCUCUGUGAAUCCCACAACCAUCACGUCACGACGAGGACACAGAAAUGCGCGGUAUCCCAUCCGCGGAACAGCAUAUCCAUUUAACUUUGCGGAGUUCCUUCCCCAGACAGUAGGAAACUACACGCAGCCUCUAAUCCCCUGGCCCCAAUAUUGGGGAGGGUCACAGUGUGGUGUGUAUGAUUCUGCUUGUACAUUAAUCCGGGAUGAUUAUUUGCCUUUCAUCGAUAUGCCGAGUGAAGUGACGCAGAUUGACGCCAAGUGGGAGAACUGUGAUUGCAGUUGGUAUAUCCCAGCUGUAACUUUGGUACCGAUAGUGGAUGGGACUUGGUGGUGUUCACGGUUGCGCAGACCAUUAGCACCAGUGCACCGUUACUUUUCGUGGAGAAAGACAUUCCUAGUAACCUAG